ACCAAGGAAAUAAUUAAGGAUGCAAUACGAGUACCCCGUCAUAAUUUAUGUAGACAAGUUAAGUAUAUAAUACAGUAUAUAAACAUAUGCCGGCGUGAGUUCAUUGAUUCUUUCUCUGUGGUGAAAACGAAAUUGAGAAUAAUGGCGGAUAAAGCAUACGAGUACGAUCUCUUCAUAAUUCACAGCUCUGAAAACUCCGCCAAAGCUACAGAGUUAAUGAUGGACCUUGAAAACAGAUUUAAAGUGAAGUGUUGCUUUGCAGAUCGGGAAUUCCUUCCAGGAACUGAAAUUAUAGAAAACAUAUCAAAUUUCAUGGACAAGUCGGAUAAAAUUCUGGUGUUGCUCAGUCCAGCUUCUGUAAGCAGUGGAUGGUGUUGGCAGGAAUUACAAGAAGCCUUUAGAAAGAAUGUCCAGGAGAGAAGGAAUUGUAUUAUUCCAGUUAUGCUGGAAGAUACGGAGGUACCAAAACUAUUACGGAACAUGACAUACAUAGAUUUUCAAAAGGAAGCAGAUCUCGCCGAAAAAAUCUACAAAACUUUCACAAAGCUAGGAAGUGAAAAAGCAUUUAUCUCGGAUGAUGAGAGUUUAUCAGAUCCAAGAGGAUACCUUGAGGAGGUUGUAUGUGCAUAUGACGACGAUUUUAGCGAUAGUGAAGAGCGCUUAGAAUUUUUGAAAGAGGAAGCAAAUAUAUCAACACUUCAAAAUUAUUUUGACGAGGCUGCAAGAAAAACAGAUUUAGAACUUUGCCAAUGCAUCUUAGAGAACAAUCAUACGGCUCUAAGUUCCAAAAAUAUUUUCAACUUUUGUGUGCAUUUUCCUAAAGAGCAACUUAACCAGGAGUUGGCCAAUGCAGUAUUUCAAAAACGCGAGGGUGCUCUUUCUUUCACCGAUUUUAAGAACUCGUAUCUUGUAGCUUGUUCAAGAGAUAUUCCAUGUCUAGUGACCGAAUUUAACAAGUUGGGAUGUAAGAAACUUAUAAAUGCCUCAUUUGUUGGCAACAUAAUACCAGGAAUUCCUGACAAUUCCACAGUGGAGAACGAGACAUUAACGAAUAUACUAAAAGAAAUGAAGUGGAAUGAUGAAGAUGUAUUGUCUUUUCUAGAGGUAGCCAUUCAGUCAAGAAAAUCAGCAGUCAUAAAAGUAUUGCUUUCACUCAUUUCCACGAUUCCAUUCCAGACCUUUUACCAACUGAUUUUUGUAUCAGAUGAAGAAACUUGCACUGAGGUACUACAUAUAGGAGAGUACAAAGAGGAAAAGGGUUUGAGAGAUGUCUUGUUUAGAGCAUGCUUGAUGGACAUGAAAAUUUUAGUAAAGGAAAUUUUAAGGCAAGGAGUGAAGCUUCAACCAAAUUUUCUUGACAGAGAUUUUAAUUUUGGUAUAGUGGAAAUUUUAAUCCAGGAAUAUUCAUGGAAUUUAGAGGAACUACGAGAAAUUGAAAAAUUUUUAAUGUGGCCGAAAUGCAGAAGAUUGCUUCAAAAAGAAAUCCAAAUUAAAUUAAAUGCCCCUACUGAUAAAUGUUCAGUUCUGUAUGAUAGAAAUGCAUGUAUUUAGUAAAGGUUAGCAAAAUAAUUUAGAUCUGAUUUUUCCUGAUGAUGACUACUAGCAUAUGGUAGAGAGACUGUUAAAAGUAGGUAAAACCAUGGAACCAGAGAAGUGAUAAAGUUCAGAGGUGGAAUAAGGGGCAGGAAUCGCCAUAGAAAUUUAAAGCUAG